AUGGGUGCAAAUAAAGGUUUUAUGUUAAAGAGACGUCUUGGUAAAAAGAUGAAACAAAAUAAGCCAGUUCCACAUUGGUGUCGUUUGAAGACAGACAACAAAAUAAAGUACAAUAAUAAGAGACGUCAUUGGCUUAGAACUAAAAUUGGUUUUUAA